CACCACGCACUCCAUCCCGGCAAAGAUAUACGACUAUCUUCUUCCAAGACACAUAAUGAGCACGCAAUCCACGACCUCAAUCCAAAUUGACAGUAUGCGCGCCAAAGAUUUAGUGGGCGCAUUACAAGCCGUUUCUCAACGCGUCAUCAAAAGUGCCAAUGGUAGAAAUGUAAUUCAUCUCUCAACCCUUCACUCUGACAUUUUCUCAUAAAAAUUUUAAGACUGGGAGCUGAUGAGAGAAAUACUUUGUAGGUAAGAUUGGUAGCGGUUUCAAAGUUGAAGCCUGCUUCGGAUAUUUUGGCUUUGUAUCAAGAUCCUGAGGUCAGGCAAAUGCAUUUUGGAGAGAAUUAUGCGCAGGAGUUGAUGGAGAAGGCGGAGAUGUUGCCGAAGGAUGUUAAGUGGCAUUUUAUUGGGGGGUUACAGAGUAGUAAGUGAAGAUAUUUUUAUGGCUUAUAUUUCUUCAUCUUUAUUGUGUUGACAACAAUAUAUCCCGUGACAUGACUUUUUCAUGUUCUCAAAGUUCAAUACAACUGUAACUCAUAGUUCUCUACGAAUGAAGUAUUAUAAACCACAUUUCUAACACUCUCUACAGACAAAUGCAAACCCCUCGCCUCAACAAUCCCCAACCUCUUCUGCGUCUCCUCCAUCGACUCCCCCAAAAAAGCCACCCAACUCCACCUCGGCCGCACAACACACACCAACCUCCCCCCGCUCAACAUCCACAUCCAAGUCAACACCUCGGGCGAAUCCUCCAAAUCCGGCACCACGCCCGGCGCCGAAACCAGCGAGCUAGCAAAACACAUUCUGGCAAACUGUCCCUCGCUCCAUCUCCUCGGACUCAUGACCAUCGGCGCCAUUGCACGCAGCAAGGAGACCGCCGCCGGAAACGAGAAUGAGGAUUUUGUGUUACUGAAGAGGGAGAGGGAGAGGCUGGAAGAGGAGUUGAGGAGUGAGUUGGGGGAUAGGAGGUUGGAGUUGAGUAUGGGGAUGAGUGAGGAUUUUGAAGGCGCGAUUAAGAUGGGGAGUGAUGAGGUGAGGGUUGGGAGUACGAUUUUUGGGGUGAGACCUAAGAAAGAGGAUUUUAAAGUUAAGAAGGAGGUGGAGUUUGGGAAGUCUUAG